ACUUCCCCAGUUCCCCCCACCAAUUGGAUUCGAAAACCAAGUCUUGCCAACUGCCAAGAAUAAAUGCAGAACCAUCUAGGUAGUGAAUUACAAUAUGACUUGGCAGACCAUAACGCAAUCUGCAACAGAGCAAAUUAUACACAUGCUUAGACAAUCUAAUCUCACUUCAGCUACCAGUCUUCCCUCCACUCCAUUUGAUCCUUGUGAGUGAAGAAACAUGUUUCAACCAUCCACAUAGCUAUCAGUAUCAGCCAAACUUCAAUUUUCUUUUAUUAGUUCAGUUCUAGAUUGCUCUAUUUUUCUCUCCAAAUUCAACCCAUCUAGGUAGUGAAGGUCUACUUUUAGCAGCAAACAACUCCACGCAUGGAGGCACUUGUUUCACCAAUCAAGGACUCAUCGUCAUUUCUCAACACCAGUACCAUUAUUGCCCUCUCCUUGUUCUUUGCGCUCCUCUGUGUUUGCAUCGUCAUUGGCCACCUUUUUGAAGAGAACAAAUGGGCUAAUGAGUCCACCACUGCGCUUCUCUUGGGGCUAUGCGCUGGCGCAGUGGUGUUGCUAGUGAGUAAAGGCCAUAAUUCUCGGAUUCUUGUAUUUGAUGAGGACCUGUUCUUCCUUUAUUUGCUUCCACCUAUCAUUUUCAAUGCUGGAUUCCAGGUGAAAAAGAAGCAAUUUUUCAAGAAUUUCACAACAAUUUUAUUGUUCGGAGUACUUGGUACCGCAAUUUCUUUCUGCAUCAUAUCACUAGGUGCCUUUCUUCUGUUUAAUAAAAUUGGUGUGACAUCCUUGAGUACCAAAGACUGUUUAGCUGUUGGUGCCAUAUUAUCUGCAACUGAUUCAGUUUGUACAUUGCAGGUUCUCAAUCAAGAUGAAACUCCCUUUCUUUACAGUAUUGUAUUUGGAGAGGGAGUAGUGAAUGAUGCCACCUCUAUUGUUCUUUUCAAUGCAGUCCAAUCUCUUAACUUCAGCAGCAUUAAUGCCUUAACAGCCUUAAAAUUGUUGGGGACCUUUCUGUACCUCUUCUUCACCAGUACUGCUCUUGGUAUAGUAGUAGGUCUUGCAAGUGCUUUUAUUAUAAAGACACUUUAUUUUGGAAGGCAUUCUACGGACCGUGAAGUUGCGCUCAUGAUGCUCAUGGCUUAUUUGUCAUACAUGUUGGCUGAGCUUGCGAAUCUCAGUGGGAUUUUGACGGUUUUCUUCUGUGGCAUUGUAAUGUCACACUACACCUGGCACAAUGUUACUGAGAAAUCACGGAUUACUACCAAGUAUGUAUUUGCAACAUCUUCAUUCAUUUCAGAAACUUUUAUUUUCCUAUAUGUUGGCAUGGAUGCUUUGGACAUCGACAAAUGGAAAGAAAGCAAAGCAAGCCCUGGAACUUUUGUUGCUGUCAGUUCAACAUUGUUUGCAUUAGUGUUAAUUGGAAGAGCAGCUUUUGUGUUCCCUCUAGCAAAUAUCAAAAACUGUAUCAGGAAAGAAGAGAACACAAAAAUCGAACUUCGACAACAGUUCAUUAUGUGGUGGGCAGGAGUAAUGAGGGGUGCAGUUACUAUUGCUUUAUCUUACAACCAGUUUUCAAAUUCGGAGGAAGUAACAAAUCAAGAUUCUGCACUGAUGAUCACCUGCACAAUAAUUGUGGUUCUUUUUAGUACACUGGUUUUUGGGUCCAUAACAAAGCCAAUGAUAGAAGCUGUGCUGCUACGGAACCGAAAACCGCCAACUGCAGAUGCAACAGAUAAUGCAAGCCUAGAAGACUUAAGGCUACUGCUCAUUGAAAAUGAUGGUCCAAGUGAUGAGGGAAACAAUCAAAGAGGCCCUAAAGUGGGAAGCUUCAGGUUGCUGAUGAGCCACCCUACUAGAACUGUUCACUAUUUCUGGAGAAAAUUUGAUGACAGAUUCAUGAGACCAGUUUUUGGUGGCAGGGGAUUCACUCCUCAUGUGCCUGGUUCUCCAACAGAUGCUGCCAAUGAAACUUCUUAAACUAUGAAGAUUAACCAUGUAAUUAUUAAUUUUGUACUAAAUACUCUUGUUAGAUAAAUUUUAUUUGCACACCAUGAAAAGUCUAAAAUACUAAGUUU